AUGCUUCCACUUGAGCCGCGCCCGAUCAAAAGACCUCGAUUAUCGCUCAGCUGCAUCGUCUGCCGCCGUCGCAAGGUCCGCUGCGGCCGCGAACAGCCAGAAUGCACCAACUGUGUGCGGAUGAAGGAAAAUUGUGCCUACAAGGCCGUGGUACGCGAUGGUUCUACCGUCCAGGUGCAUCAAGUGUCUCCUGCGCCCCAGGACAGAAGCUCCCAUGGGGCUAAACCCGAUACCAAACACCUCACUUGGUCCCAUUGGGCGCCUGGAGAACCUGACAAUCAGAUGGCUGCAGGCGAUGAGCCUCCGCCUCCUACAGCUUGUUUCCCAAACCAUCGACAGGAUGAUAUUCCCUCGUGUGAAGAGGCUGUUCAGCGACCGGAUGACCAUGCUCGCGGAGUAAGAAGCGGCACGGCAAGCACCACCCAGGAUUCCUCUGUACUAGGAUCAACGUCCGCAUCCACAAACCACCGAGAUGGCUAUCUCAGUCUGGGACGGGGCGCUCGAGCGCGAUACAUCGGUCCAGCCUUCUGGGGGUUUGUUGCCGGAAAGGAAAGUGAGAGUGACCAUUUCUUUGACAAGAAUCGCAGUCCCGCCUCUGGUCUUCCCCCCUCGCAUAUAUCCGCUAUUGGCAUGUUUAAUCUCUUACGGUUCCUGCCUACCAAGGGCGCAAGCGAUGCUCUGCUCGAGGUCUUCUUAUUCGCAGUGUGGCCUCUUUCCCCUCUUUUACAUUGCCCUACUCUACGGGCAAAUUACGAGGAGUUCUGGGACUAUUGUAGGAAUAACGAUACUGUUCCGCCUUCAGAAAAAUUUGUUGAUGACCCGACCUUUAUCUGCCUGCUCUUUGCUGUUUUAUACUGUGGCGCAUCCGCUGCACCAGCGGCCAGCUGGACGUGUUCCGACCUUCAGGAUUUACAGAAGGAGACGACAGUUAACCGCCUCAAGUCGGCUUACACGACGAGUCUUUCUCUCUGUCAGUAUCUAGAUCAUCCGACAUUGAAUACCCUAGUUUCGACGCUGUUGACCGGACCAUUCUUGGACCGGUCUCGUGAACCAAAGUCCGAGUUGGUCUCCGUCAGCACAACAGUUCGACUUGCCCAGAGUAUGGGGUUACAUCAGGAGGGUACUCUGUGGUCUUCACUGAACCCUGUGGAACGAGAGACUCGCCGUCGGGCUUGGUGGUACAUUGUCAGGCUCGAUGUUCAGUCGAGCAUCUCCACCGGGCUACCUCCCUGUUGUGGAAGCGAGGCGCUGGACACGGUGAGCAUGAUGGCUGACACACGCGAUGAAGAUAUAGGCAACUUCCCUGUCUCCCUGUCUCUCAAUCCAGACCCCUUGGCUUCGAAACAGUCUGUAGCCAUCGUGUUCGCCAUUGGGUGCUCAGAGACGGCUCGCCUGCAAUCGAGGAUUGUGUCACGCCUACAGAGUGGACGAGCUGUGACCCAGAAUGGACUCAAAGAGCUUGUGACCGCCGCGAAAGCACUUCAAAAUAAUAUUGACACCCUCAUUGCCCGUAUCCCUUCACAGGGGAUCCCCGAAAAGGGGAUCAUUUCGUCCCGCGUAGCGAAUGCAUCCCCAUACAGCCACCCAGAGCUUUACAAGGACGAUGCGACUAUGCCCACCGUUUUCGGGGCAUGGGCCCGAAUAAUGUUGACUUUACUGAAAUUCGACAUAAUCAUAUUACUACAAAAGCCAUUAUUGCCGCCCCCGGAUAGUUCAGAUGCCCAAUCGUGCAAGGCAUGGACCAGGUAUGGAUAUUCCCCCCCCGAUAUAGUCCUGCGAACAAAACGCCAACCCGAGACUAAACUUCUAGCAUGGCGAAGCUUUGCCUAUUACGGGCCUCUUCAAUGUGUAUACCUCUCCCUAAUCUACAUCCAUUGUUUCAAGGACGGGAGGGAGAUCCCGCUGGCCCGAUAUUGCGUUGACGAGAUUAUCGAGCACACCGUGUCCCAUUAUCAAGUCGCGCACCUUUCAUUAGCAGGGGCUGGCCCCGACUCUGAAUCCGAGAUAGGGCUAUCAAAGGGGCAGAUGCCGCUGGCCAUCCAGGUUCUUGUUGAACUUCACAGCCGCCUCGAUUCGCAUCUCGAUUCCAAUGACAAUUCCCAACUUGCCAUUAACGCUGCCGAGAAUUCGAUGUUCAACCAGCUCAUUUCUACACCACCCUCUUCUAUCUCAUCGUCCUCGACCAAAACCUACCUCCACCGCAACCCCACAACUACUGCCCGUCCGCCAAUGAUCCAUGUAAGCAAACCGGAACAUCCAGGUAGCGAGUCCGUGACAGAGCAUUACUCUGGUUUAGAUUUGGAUCGUGACUGUAUUGCUGACAUUGACUCGUUGUCAUCGUCGUUGAUUCUUGAAUCCAACGAUAUCAUUGUGCAUCCUGCUCUGAUAGCGCCGGACUAA